AUGGGCCUGUCUCGGUUUUCGGAGGGGGCGGAGGGAGGGCUUCCCGCGUGCUCCUCUGGCCCCGGCACACACAGAGCGCGAGGGCAGCAGGGAGAGCAGCAGCAGCAGCAGCAGCCUGGGAGCCUGGCAGGCAGGCAGGCGGGCGCGGAGCAGGAGGCGGCGACGGCGGCAGCAGCAGUCAGCCCGCCCGCCAGCCCGCCUAGCGCAAGGUAGAGUCGGAGAGCGAGGCGCGCGGGGAGACGCUCGCAGCCGGCGCUGCGCUGACUCGGGGCGCAAGUUUUCCGAGGGGAAUUUCCCGCGGCGCCUCCGCCUCGUGGCUUUCAUGCUCCGUCCUCGGGGGCAUUCCUGGGCUCCCCACACAGUCUGGGUAGCCUAGUCUCUCUCUCUGCCUCCCGGGACGGCGGCUGCUUUGAGGGAAGCCCUUGCUGCAGCCCCUAGGUAGCUUUUUAGUGGCGCGUUUCUGUAUCUUCAUAUAUAUGUAGAUAGUAUAGAUGACGGUCGUCUUGUGAAUAGUCCAGGCGAGGUUCCCAAGCUGCAAGACUCGCCAAGCCGCAGGGGAUUUGCGCGGCGCUCGUCUUAACGCCCCCCAAUUCCCGUCCCAUUCAUUGUUAGUGGAACUUGAAUGGAUUGGGCGCAGAAGUUAGUUUUUCAGAUGAUCCUGGAACGUGUUUCUUCCCUCAUCCUAGACAGAACUUGCCCAGCACUUUUCUCCUACUUAUUGCUAAUUUUUUUAAGUUGCAAAAGUACCUUUCAUUGCCUUUGUUGUGUAGUCAUCUUAGGCAAGCUUUGAAAGGGUCAGUUGCGCUUUCUCCAAGUUGAAAAGUCCUCAGGACUAACUUCUGAAGUUUGAGGCAAUUUGGUAGAACCUCAGUGGGGCAGAUUAUAUAUAUCUAAUAAUAAUAAUUCACUGAAAAAUUCACUGGAACUUUGUCUUCUUGCAGGUGCAGAUUCCAGUCUCGGAAGAGGAAGGUUUAUGUAGACAUUUCUAAAUAG